AGUUUAAAAUUUAAGAUGGGAAGUUACCGCACCAAGCUAGCCAGAGCCGGAUGCGCGGAGGUGUCCGUGAAUGCUGGUAGAAGGAGUAUCAACAACCCAGAAGGAGAGUAUCCCCACUCCAACAUAAAAAGAGCACGAAAAGCUGAGGUAAACUACCUCCCAAACUUUCCAAGAGGAGAAGAUAAGGCCAGUCUGGAGGAAUUGAGAGUCCAGAUAAAAAAUGAGGUUGAGAAGACCGAGCCCAACAAAGUAAUGAUUGAAAAACUGAUGCAAACAACCUUUGCACUGCGUCGCCAUGAGAUCGUUCAAGAAAACCCAAUGGUGAAGGACUUCUUAGAGAAAUGGCCAGCUCUGCGAUUUCACUCACAGGUUUGUGCGGAGUUCCACCGAGUCACAAACAUCAACCUGCAGAAACAGUUCUAUGCUGAACUUGACAGACACACACCACGACUUAUGGCUCUAUACAGACAGAAGGCCACAUGCACUGGCAAGAUAUCGGAGGCUCUGCGAAACUUUCUGAAUCAUUAUGAUCAUCAGGAAGCACCUGAUGUCGAUGUGAAACGGACUGCAGUGCUACGUGCCCUUCCAGUAUACCUGCGGGAGGAAGACCCAGAAUUCUUUAAGACAUGUGAUGCGGGCACGCUGGAUGAGACGAACCUGACUGACACUCCAGUUGCCCUUCUCACAGUGGUUGCUGACGGCUCUGCUGAGACCAGUCCAUUCCAUUUCAGUCCUUCAAGCAUGGCUGUUGUGGUGGAAGGCGACUUGGUGAUCCGUGAUAUUGCCAGAUUUGCUGAUGCAUAUGCCUUAUUGUUUGGCUUGAUCUAUGCUCUGCAUUUGGACUACCCCAGGAAACUAGUUCACACAUUCACCUUUGUCCAGAAAGUCUUCAUGGGGCUUGAUGAUGGCAAACCACUGAAACCCAGCCUUCAUGCUCUUAGAAAUGAUUUGUUACAGAGUGAGUAGUUAUGAAAGAUAUGCAAGGCAACUGGUUGUUAGGACAGGCACACUGUUACUGAGCACCUUCUUUGAAGUAUUUUAUUUAAAGCACUUUUAAGUUUUCUACAGGCUUUGGGUGGAUGUAAUUCCCAUCAGUUUACCUCAUUUUUUUUAUACAAGGUUAUUUGGGUGCCGAUAAACAUUAUUUGAACCUGUUAAAAAAUAUUUAUUUUAUUUAAUUUUUGUUUAUUUAAAAAAAUCUCUUUUGUGUUUGACCUUUUGUUUUUCAUUUUUAUAUAUUAGAAGAAAGAUGACUUUUAGGACUGAUGUUCUUUUAUGAUUUUAUAAAAAUGUUAUUAAAUGUUAUUAGCAGCAUUUUGUACGCUCACUUGUGCUCCAGUCCAUGUCAGUGGUUCCAUGUUGAUGGUUUUAUAAAAAAAACAUUUAUGUGAUGUUUUUCACAAGUCCAUAAAAAUGUUAAUAAACAAAAUGUUAAGUGAA